AUGGCUCCUUCUCCUGCUUCCCCUGCUGCUCCUGCUGCUCCUUCCCCUGCGUCUUCUGCCCCCUUCGGCUACAUCAACGACAUCUUCUACCGCGCAGACGGCCACCACAACCCCCGCAAGAUGCUCCUCCUCCACGGCUACCCGACCUCCUCCCUGAUGUUCCGCACCCUCAUCCCCCGCCUCGCCCACCGCUACCACCUCGUCGCCCCUGACCUGCCCGGCUUCGGAUUUUCUCGCCAGCCCGGCCCCCACACCUUUGCCUCCAUCGCCGCAGCCAUCGUCGCCUUCGUCGACGCCCUCGCCUGGGACAAGUUCGAGCUCUACGUGUUCGACUACGGCGCCCCCACGGGCUUCCGCCUGCUGCUCGCCCACCCGGAGCGCAUCGCCCGCAUCGUCACCCAGAACGGCAACAUGUACGAGGAGGGUCUCGGCGCAGAGUUCUGGGCGCCCGUGCGCGAGCUCUGGGCAGGCACCGACGGUGCUGCCGAGCUGCUCCGCGGCAUCGUCGCAGACAAGGCGUCCACCGACGCGCAGUACCUCGACGGCGCCACGCGCCCCGUCGACCCGGCGCCCGCAGUGCUCGACCACGCGCUGCUGCUGCGCGACCUCGACGCCCAGGUCGCCCUGUUCCGCGACUACGCGUCCAACGUCGCGCUGUACCCGCAGUUCCAGCGCGCCGUGCGGGAGCACCGCGUGCCCGUGCUCGCCGUCUGGGGCCAGAACGACGCCAUCUUCGUCCCCGCCGGCGCCCACGCGUUCCGCAGAGACGCCCCCGACUGCCGCGUCGUGCUCCUCCCCGCAGGCCACUUUGCCCUCGAGACGCACGCCGCAGAGAUCGCACACGAGAUCCUGCGCGAGUGA